AUGCGAAGGUACUCAGACAGCGCUGGAGAAUAUCUCACUCUCGACAGCGAACAGCCGGCUGGUUACAAACAGCUUUACAGAGCCGCCAAGGCCAAGCUGAAGCUGCGUAUCCAGGUCGAUCGUGUCUAUACCGAUGCUCAUGAUGAACCAGAAGAGGAGAACCCAACGGAGCCUGCUGAUGAUAAUAUUAUCAACGAUCAUGGCAUGGAGACCAAGCCUGAGGAGUUGUCUGAGCAGCCACAAUCUGGAUUCGAGUUCGCGAUCGAGAAUGGACCUCUCCCCGAGCCCAGCCAGACGCUGCCAGAAAAGGUCAGCAGCCCUCGUUCUAGCUACCUUGACACGGUUCUCGAACACCGUCCUGCAGAAUCUCCUUCGGCCACCAGGAUGUUGGGCAGCAGAUCUGUUUGUCGUCUUCCUCCAAUCCUGCCUGCAAAUACCUCUACGGCUACAUACAGCUGCUCCAUCAUGAUUGACUGCAACCUGUGCAAGGCCUCCAUCCCCAACGAGCACUAUCACUGCUCCGUCUGCGAGGGUGGUGACUAUGAUCUAUGCCAGGAGUGUAUUGAUGCUGGAAACCUCUGUCCUGCCGGUACUCACUGGCUCAUCAAACGAUCUCUCAAUGAUGGGCAGCUUGUGUCCAGCACCACUGAGAUUGUUGGACCAAAGUUCUUCAAGCCAGUGGAGGAGGAGGAGGGAGAGAAGGAGGAAUCUAAGGAGGAAUCCAAGCCGGAACCAGAAGCAACCUCUAAAGUCGAGUCACAGCCAAAAUCACAGGAGCCAGAGGUGCCCGAGAUUAUCAGAGAUGCCGACUACCGACCAAGAGAGCCUGUCAUCCAUAGAGCUCUCUGUGACAUGUGUGACUGCCAAAUCAUCAACGCGAGAUACAAGUGCAUUGACUGUCCCAACUGGGACGUCUGCGCUAGCUGUGUUGGUGGCGCCAAGUACUCGCAUCCAGGACACAGGUUUGUACCUUUGUUUUUGCCCCUUCCCCCUCGGGCCUCACAGCAUGUGGUGCACCCAGGUGUGUACUGUGAUGGCCGCCUCUGCCAUGACAAAUUCAAUGCCCAAUACAUCACCGGUGUCCGCUACAAGUGUGUUGUCUGCGACGACACCGACUUCUGUGAGACCUGUGAAGCCGAUCCAAAUGGCACUCACAACAGCACCCAUCCAUUGUUAAAGUUUAAGACUCCAGUUAAGCACGUCACUGUCUCUGCUUAUGGAGAGGACGAGAAGGGUCAGGUAUUCGAGAGGCUGGGCGACAAGGAUGCCCCUGAGCCUGCCUUCAGAUCCACCGCCACUGAGACUACGGCCCCCUUCAUCACCAAUGCUGCCACACAGGUGCAUCCCCCGAUGUCGCUUGAUGCCUUCUAUGAAAAUGAGAAGGAGAUCUCUUACGAGACGCAGGAGGUUGUCGAGGAGGAGGAAACCCCAGUCGUGCAGCAGGGGUCGGUGACUUCAGAGUAUGAAUCUGUUGCCUCGUCUCUGCCUCAUCCUCAUCCAGAUGAUUCAAAUUCGGUCACUUCCGGUCUGCACCCUGAAGGCCUUCACACCCGUUUCCUGGGUGAAACCAUUCCAGAUGGCACGCACUUUGCUCCAAAUGUCCGCUUCACCAAGACAUGGACAAUGCAGAACAUUGGCCCCAAUGCUUGGCCUGCCGGUUCUGCUGUCCGCUACCAGGGUGGCGAUCCCAUGUUCAAUAUUGAUACCUCCCACGCCAUUAGCCUGGCCAGCUUGGUUAGCGCCAUGGAGAGCAUGCCUCUGAGAGAGCCAGUCUAUCCUGGCCAAAAAAUGGAUUUCACCAUAGAGAUGAAGUCCCCUGCUCGGAUCGGAACAGCAAUUUCCUACUGGCGUCUGAGGACCGAGGAAGGAACUCAUUUCGGCCAUCAGCUAUCCUGUCACCUUGAAAUCGAUGAGCCAGAAACUGAAUCUCAGGAGAAGAAGUCAGAGAUGGUCUUCCCCACUCUGGAGAAAGAAUCUCCUGUAACCAGCAUGCAUGAGGAUGAAUGCCAGGCCAAGCCUAGUGAGGUCGCUGUUACAGACAAUGUCUCUGACUCUGCUUCUACACUGAAUGAGGAUACUGAUGCAGUCGAGGUUACCGACCUGGCUGCGGAAGUCAACAGCCUGAACCUCGAAAGCGAGUGUCCGGAUGACGAGAGUUUCCUCACAGACGAAGAGUACGAUAUCCUCGACGCCAGUGAUGAGGAGUAUGCCGAGAUUGCCAAGGCUUCGCAGAAGAAGUAA